AGCCAGCCCGUCGCAAGCAUGUGUCUCCCCCUCCCUCCAGGCAUCAGUAAGUCGACCGAGGUGAGGCGCUGCAGCAGCCCUCACUCGGUUGGCCAAUGGAUGGCGGGGGCAAGGGAUGCACACAAACAAAUCGGGAGCUUUCAACCUGUACAAGCGCAGUGCGCAUCCCCAUCCCCCAUUCCCUCUCCCUCCCCCUCUCUCUUGAGCUCGUCUCAAUGCAUCAAGGCUACCCGCGGUCGUGUGUGUGUGUGUGUUCAUUAUCUGUCAGUCAUUGAAGAGGAUGAAUGCACACACAACGACCCGUACCAUCCGAUGGAUACAUCAAAGCAGCCAGGCAACGCACAGCACACUCAUGGAUCAUUAUGAAUCACACAGUAGCGCCACCCAGACGCAGAUCACAUCGGUCACAUGAGAUCUACAGCCGAGGUUGAUAAUCGAUGGGCCUCUCACCGAUGUGUGUGAGAGGCCGUCAUCCGGACGCUGAGCUACCAACAGCAGCUGCUGCACCCGCGCCCUCCGCCGUCCGCUGGCGCUUCCGCUGAGCACACACAGCACACACACACACACACACCAGCAGCGCAGCCAAUGAAUGCAGCCAAUGUGCAUAUGUUGUGUCAGGUCUUAUUGUGUACCUGUUGGACGAAGAGGGCGAAGUCUGAGUCGAUCCCCUCGCGGGCCUCGUCGUCAUCGCUGUCGAGGUCCUCAUCCUCGUCGUCGUCACGGUUGUGCUUGAUGCGCCGGUGCUCCUCGUACAACUCACGAAGCACCUGACCGACCACCACCACCACCACCACAGCAGCAGCAGCAGCAGCAGUUGGGCUGUCAGUGUCGUGCAGUGUUGUGUUGUGUUGUGUCGUGUUGUGUUCAUCUCUCUCUCUCUCUCUCUCUCUCACGUUAGGUUUGGUGGUAAGUGCUUCGACGGCAGGGUCGUCCUCAUCUGUGAGAUCCAGGGGCGCCGCACUGGCCAUCGCCGCGGGCACGGCAGCCUUGACCUCACGCUUGCGCACCACCUUCACACGCAGCCCUGCAUGUGGAGGCACGCACUCACCCUGUGUGUGUGUGUUAUAUGGUACGUACCGUCCUCGGUGCGGCCAGCAGCAUCUAUCUUGAGUGCACCCAUCACGCCCUUGCGAUUCUGCUCGUACGACAAGUGGUCCACCAAAUAGAUCUUGCGCGUCCCUAGGGGGACACACACACACACGCAUAUGUACGUGUGUGCCACGAAUCGCCGCCAUACGCAGAAUCAACAAGAUUGCCGUUGCCUACCUAUCUUUUUGAUAUUGAACCAGACGUCCACAGUGCCGUGUCUGUCCUUGAACUUGGGCAGCACCUUCAGCCCUGCGUCGGCGCCUGUCUCGGUGACGGCCGAGUGGGUCUUCUUGGCACUCUCGGGCACCUUCUCGGACGCCUGCACGCGAGAGAGGGAGGGCGUGUGUGGUCGUGUGUGCAUAUGGGCAUGCAUGUUGGCUGCAGGCAGGGUAGAGGUCACUCAAGUACCUUGUCGAACAGCUGGACGGUCUCCGGCAGGGGAGCCUUGCACUGCUCGCCAUAGAACUCUGUGUUGGUCUUGUUCUCGAUGCGCACCUUCCAGAACGGCACCGUGAUCACCCCCUGCGCUUCCAGCCAGCUGACAUACGCAGACCCACACACACAUACACGAGCAGCAUGUAAGCAGAUGGAUGUCGGGCUGGGGUGUUCUCGCAUGCAACGCGUACGCAGGAUUGAACUGGCUCGCAGCAGCGUCUAUCGUGUCCGGCUUGCAAAAUGUCUGGCGCAACAAACACACGCAGAGCACACGCAGCGAAGACACAACCACGUGCACACCAGCCAGCACCCGCACACCCUCCCUCACCCAUCCACCCACCAUUUGUUUGUGCUGCACACAGUAGCUAUCCACCGAUGCGUCCACCGACACCGGCGCGGUGGAGACCGUCUUGGAAGUGCCCGCAGGCAACGCCAGCCACUGGAUCUGCAAGCCAUCAAGCAGAGCUGGGGAGAUGAGGAGAUGGAGUCGGCUCCCCUAUCACCUACCUUUUGGCCAUCUAUCCACAGCUCCGCGCUCACCGGAUACGCACGGUUGUUGCGCACAGUCACCUACAGGCAGGCCACACACUCAUACAUAAGGCACACCAUCCCCACCACCACACAACCACACAACCACCACCACCGCGGCACCUGAUAGGCUUGUCCAGGCUCCGCCACCACGUAGUCGACAUCAUGCGCCGGCUGGAGGUAGGGCAGUCGGCGGAGCGGCCUCCCAGGCUCCGCAACCGCAAUCUCCUGGAACCAAGGCAACAGGACAAACGAAUGCUCGUCGUCCAUCGUGUAGAGCGACCAUCUUGCGGCCAUGCGUAUCUACCACAAAGAGAUUCUUGCAGCCAUACGCGCGGUUUGGUGUACGCGUGAUUGUGCCCUCCGCUGCUGGCGCCAGACAUACUUCUCAGCUGCGUAUUAUUCACCUGCCGGCGCCGCCGGCCGAAGGUGCUGUGCUCGAAGCGGCGCUUCCCACCGUCAGCCAGCCGAUGGCUAUACAGUACCCAUAUGCCGAUGGAUCUGUCAAUGCCGAUGGAUCUCUAUCAGCUCUCUAUCAACCUCACGCAUGAUGCACAGACAGGAG